AUGAGCUUAGACAGUCUGAAUUCUCUUACCGGAAGUCCCUACUCGGCACGAAAAAACUGGCUAAAGGUGCAGGAACAUCAUCAUCAUCAACAACAGCAGCAACAUAUCGAGUACCGAUUCUCCCGACCGAUCAAGAUAGUGGACUACGAUAACGAGCGAUAUUCCUGGUCCGCGCCUGGUAGUCCUUAUCACAUACGACGGCCAGCCUUCGAUAGAAAUAGACUAUGGAUAGAAGACGACACUAGCUCCGAAUCGGAAAUUGAGCACAAGCAACACCGUCGCAUCGUUAACGAUCUCGGUGCAGAAGAUGCCUUCAGUCAUUCUGAACAGCCUGCAUCAGUGCUCAAUGCGGAAACAGAUACAGAACCAAAGUUUCCCAUUACGAUACAAAGUGCACGCAGUUUACAGAGUCUUCGGAUGCGACGUGAUCCUCAGCACCAGGGAACCCGAACCAUUAAAGCCCGGCGAGUCGUUAACAAGAAGGGCGAAGGCAACAUUCACCUGGCACAUCUGCCGCAACGCUCGCUUCGGUUCAUGCGCGACCUUGCUACCACGUUGGUGGACGAACAAUGGCGCUACACGUUGAUGUUGUUUGUGCUGAGCUUCGUUGCUAGCUGGAUCUUUUUCGCCAUCCUGUGGUAUCUGAUCGCGUAUGCCCACGGCGACCUGCUGAAGGAUCCGAACACGGGCGAGCGGCUCGGCGAUGGCAAUAAACCGUGCGUCGAGGGAACGUCCAGUUUUACCGGCUUUCUGCUAUUUAGCGUUGAAACGCAAGUCUCCACCGGGUACGGUGUUAUCGUCCCGACCGAAGAAUGCCCCGAAGCGUUCGUUCUGCUGCUGUUCCAAAUCAUCUUCGGAUUGGUGAUCGGUGGAGCGAUGGUCGGUGUGGUGUAUGCCAAGAUGAUCCGCCUGCCAAAACGAUCUUGCGAGAUGAAGUUCAGCAAACGUGCCGUUAUCUGCAUGCGCGAUGGUAAGCUGUGCUUUGUGUUUCGUGUUUGCGAUCACAAACAACAGCACGUGAUCGGGACGAAACUAACGGCCAUCAUGCUUGAACCGAGACGACAUCCGGGUUCUAGCGUAAUCGAACGAUAUGAAACGCGCCUAAGGCUGCAGAACAACGGUCAUAUAUUGCCACUGUGGCCCAUCACCGUGUGUCAUGUGAUCGAUCGGUACAGCCCACUGUACGAUAUAUCGGCGGCCGAUCUGCUUGAUCGCAGGUUCGAAAUCGUGAUCACUAUGACCGGCAGUACGAUGACGACCGGGCAGAGUACGCAGGCACGCACCUCCUAUCUGCCGGUGGAGAUCCUCUGGGGACAUCGGUUUCAAAACAUCAUCGAGUACGAUCCGGAGCAGGAAUGCUAUGUAGCCAUGAACGAGCAGCUCGACCUGAUGGAUGAAGUGGACACACCGCUCUGCAGUGCGCGCCAGCUGGAGGAAGUGAUGGACGAACUGCAUAACGAUCAAGCUCAAAGUGAAGUGUAUCCUAUGGCGGAUGAUGAUAGCAGACUAGGGGCCUCAUUCCGCUCCAAAAUCAACUCCCGGCUGCGCAGCAAUCCAAGUUCCUUCGUACGCUUUCACGACGUGUACUCGGAAGCGGAAGAAGAAGAGGCACCUAGUGUUGAGGGUGACAAAUCGUAUCAAGAUUCACUGAAAGACAACCAAGCGGUUACCGUAGCUAUUAAUGAUAGCAUACCGAGCGAACAGGUGGUAUUUACUGUGGAAUCAAAUGGGUCAAACAAUGAAAAAGCAUAUAAAUGA